GUGACGGUGCCGCCAGUGUCCUCUUAGUACUGUUGUUUCCUUACGGUCGUAUUUGAGCGUGAAACCAGUGCGGAGCAGCAUUUAAAGCAAUGGCUAAAAGUGAUGGGUGCGAUUACUUUAAAAGAGCCAGCCUGUUCUGGAUUGUCGUGGUGACAGUCUCGAUGGGAUUUUUUACUUGCACCGUGUUUGUACCAGAAAAAGUCCCAUUUGCUCAACUUGGUGCCUUUGGCAGCUUCUGCAAACACCUUGCAGAAAAUCAUGCUGGCUUCAUGUUCAAAGGGUGGUGUGCAGCCUGGGCUGUUCAUGCCUUUGAGGCCUUUAUUGCUAUGAGGAUGUGCCGCGAGAAAGGCAUCACCAACUCAACCACUCGCUGCCUGUGGUUCAUCCAGACACUUCUCUAUGGCUUCGCCUCUCUCGGCCUGCUCCUCAAGUACAAGCCUGUGCAUCCUAAACAACGCUGACCGCGGGAGCAGACACCUACAGGACAGCCCUGCAUAAGCUGAUAUUUCCAUGACAGUGGCUUCCUUGUGCCUCGUCCUCCUCCACAGUUGGAGGAAGACACUUGAGCCCUUUUCCUAUAGUGUUUCUUUUCAUACAAUAUUGUUGUAGUGGAGACAUAACUUAAGAUAUGCUGCUAAUAUUUCUCUCUUAAAAUGUGGAAGAUUUACAACUUUUGUAUUCCAUAGAUUUUAGGUACUAUUUUAAUUGUUUACUGAUUAUGACAUUAACAGUUUUCAUCAUUGGUUCUCUUGAAUCAUGAAUCUGACCUGAGCUGACUUCAUGUAGUGCUGUACAUGAUGGGUCUUCCAGCAUGCACGGUGGCAUUAGGGGUAUUUUAUCCCCUGUAAUAAUAAUGGCAGAGAGGUUGCAGACGGUUCACUGCCACCACCAUUCUCCAGGAUUAAUAACAAUGGGAAGAGAACAGCUGCAUACAAUUUUCCUUUCAUGGUGGUGCCAAUGUUUUAACGAUAAUAGUAUUAAAAAGAAAAAUCUACUGACUAACUA